AUGGGAUCACACAAACCAAAGCCACAUCACAGAAAAGCUCAAAGAUCGGACAAGCCAAGUCGAGAUGGGCAGUGGUCAGAUGAAAACCCGACUGGUCCUGGUCACUCUGAUGCUGCUGGUCUUCAUUGAGAUGAGCCAGUGCCUCACAAUGUCCAAGAUUGAGAAUGGGCAAGAUUCCCUGAUGACUGAGAAUUCGCAGGCCUCUCAGGGUGAGGCUUCCAUGUUGCUGCGACAGAAGCGAAUGAGUCAAGUCAAGAAAUGCAGAUUUUGCUGUGAUUGCUGUAAUAUGCAGGGUUGUGGAAUAUGCUGCUCAUUUUAAACCCUGGCCCCUCAGUUACAGAACAUUAUCUUGCCAAAGGCCUCACUGUCCUUAUCCAUUGUUUGGGAUCCAUUUAAUGGAUCUGCUUCUCACCAAUUCCCACUAAAGUUCUGCAUUUUAUGCUGCAGGGAAAUGUCAUUCGGCCUCUCUGCUCUGUAUCGGCUCCACACUGACCUCCUCCUACCAUCAUCUCUCCCUUUCCAUCAGCAUCUCCUUUUCUCCCUCAUGUAUUUAUCAAGUUCCCCUGUCCCCAAAAUAUUGACUCAAUUCAUCUCGACCUCUCCCUGUGGGACUCGCUCCCACAUUCUUCGCUGCCACUGUCCAGGGAGCAAGUCUCACAUUGCAAACCACCCCCCUCAACCACCACCAACUCCCCAUGGGAGCCAGUCUCACAUUCUCUCCCCACUCCCUGUGGGAGUGAGCCCCACAUCCUCUGCCCCCCGCCAACGCCCCGUGGGAAUGUGUCCCAUAUCCAUCUCCCCCCCAACUCCCUGUGGGAACAAGGUCCACAUUCCCCGCCCAGACAGAAGCAGGUCCCACAUUCCCCGAACCCACUCCCCGUGGGAGGGUGUCCCACAUUCUCCUUCGCCGCCAACCCUCCGUGGGAGCGAGUCUCACAUUGCCUUGAGUCAUUUAAAUGCCUAAUACUGA